GCGGGAGGGCUCGGCGGGCGCGGCGCGGUGCGGUGGCUGCCGCUGCCUGCCCCGCGCUGCCCGGAGCGCCGCUCGCGGCCCGGCUCGCUCGGCCCCCUGAGGGGGACGGCGGGACGGCCGGGCCGAGCCGGGGCCUGCGCCGCGCCGCGCUGUGGGGCUGCGGGGCGCCCUGCCUGCCGCCGGCGCGCCGGGCCUGAGGGAGGGCGCCGGGCAGGGCCGCAUGGGCAGCCCGGCGGGACCGUGCCGGGCGCGGGUGUGGUGUGUUAACGCCGAACACGAAGGAAACGCCAGAGCGUUGUCUGAUGCGUAGAAACGGUAUUAAACCUUUCUCGGGCGAUCCAUGAAUCUGGGAGAAGCUUACAUCGGCUUUAACAGGCCUGGGGGCCCUGUGACAUAAAACCAAAAUGAUGUUAAAAAUCAUUACACAAGGUUCUAAGCAGAAGGGAAAAAAGAGGGAACAUACUGUCAGGGCAGAAUAACUGACAGGACCUAGAAGAAGGUGGCAUAUUCACAAAUAUGGAAGAGGAUACCAAACCUCUCUUGGUUCCUGUGGGAGGUGACGAAAGUAAUUAUGGAAUCAUGAAUAUACAGUUUAAUCCAGAAGACUUCAAGUGCAAAAGACCAUUUCAUGUGGAGCCUACAAACAUAGUCAGCGUGAACGAUGAUAUGCAAAGAGUCACUGAUGAAGCUUCAGCAAUGAAUAAGCGGAUUCACUACUACAGCAGGCUCACAUCUCCUGCAGACAGGGCGCUGAUUGCUCCUGAUCAUGUACUUCCAGCUCCUGAUGAAAUCUACGUAUACAGUCCAUUGGGAACUGCUUUUAAAGUUGACAGUUGCACAGAUGGCUAUGGUAAAAACUCCAGUAUAGUGACAAUAUUUAUGAUAUGGAAUACAAUGAUGGGUACAUCUAUAUUAAGUAUCCCAUGGGGAAUAAAACAGGCAGGCUUUACUUCUGGAAUCAUUCUCAUUUUACUGAUGGGCAUUUUGACUCUUUAUUGCUGCUACAGAGUUGUAGAGUCACGGAAAAUGAUACCUUUAGUAGAUACCUCAAGCUGGGAAUUCCCAGAUGUUUGCAAGUAUUACUUUGGAUCCUUUGGUCAAUGGUCAAGUCUUUUAUUUUCGAUGGUAUCGCUUGUUGGAGCCAUGGUUGUUUAUUGGGUGCUUAUGUCCAACUUUCUGUUCAACACAGGAAAGUUUAUAUACAACUUCAUUCAUGACAUUAACGUAACAGAUAUUGUUCCUGGCACCAAUGGAAGUAACAGAGAACAGGCAUGCAGCCAAUGUGGGAGGGAGGCUAUCAAGUAUCUUGGGAUGCCAAAAUUUAAAACAAGACGUUAUGAGAACAGUAAGAUGGUUUAUAUUUCAACACGUAACUUUUUAGUCAUUUGUCCAAGUGCUACUAGUGGUCACACACCACAGAACAGGAGUGUGAUGUUCUCUUCUGGCAAUGAUACAGGUUUUGAACUCUUCGAGGAGUGGUGGAACAAAUCACAAACAGUACCAUUUUACCUGAUUGCUGUUCUUCUGCCUCUGCUAAAUCUGAAGUCUCCAUCCUUCUUUGCAAAGUUUAAUGUCCUAGGUACAAUUUCCGUUGUCUACUUAGUUUUUCUGGUUACUGUAAAGGCUGCUUAUCUGGGAAUCCAUUUAGAAUACAACUGGUUUGCAGAGAAUGAUUUUUUUGUACCAGAGUUUAGAAUUCUGUUCCCUCAGCUUACAGGGGUUCUGACACUUGCCUUCUUCAUCCACAAUUGUGUCAUCACACUUCUUCAAAAUAACAAGAAUCAGGAAAAUAAUGUGAGAGACCUCUCUAUUGCGUACUUCCUGGUGGGGUUAACGUAUCUGUAUGUGGGAAUGAUAAUUUUUGCAUCUUUUCCUUCUCCACCACUAUCCAAAGAAUGCAUUGAACAGAAUUUUCUAGAUAACUUUCCCAGUGAUGACAUCAUGUCAUUCGUUGCAAGAAUAUUCCUGCUGUUCCAGAUGAUGACUGUAUACCCACUGUUAGGCUAUCUGGCACGAGUUCAGCUGUUAAGACAAUUUUUUGGAAAUGCUUACCCAAGCAUUUUCCAUGUGCUCAUCCUGAAUGUAGCAAUCGUAGGAGCUGGAGUAGCAAUGGCAAGAUUUUACCCAAAUAUAGGAGGUAUCAUAAGAUACUCUGGAGCAACAUGUGGUCUGGCCUUUGUAUUCGUGUAUCCGUCCCUCAUCUACAUGAUCUCCCUGCAUCGUGCUGGGCGGCUGACGUGGCCAGCAUUGAUCAUUCACAUCUUUAUAAUCCUCCUUGGACUGGCGAAUCUGAUUGCACAAUUUCUAUUGUGAAAACUCCCCCUUCUCCCUGUGGCUGUGACAAAUGGUACUGUGACAUUUGGCCACAGCCUUGAGCAACACCGUCAUGCAUGAGAAUGAACAGUCCUCCAUGUGAUCUUGAGAAAAGAUGCACCUUUGAAACAAAUUUAAAACACAUCUUUCAGGUGCUUGACAGAAAACCUGUCUUGCUCCUCUAAAAAAAAGAUUAUGCAAAGUGAAAUGGUUCAGAUUUGAGUGAGGUAGUUCUCCUGGUUUUGUUGAAUGUAUAUCAAAAAUUAAUGAAACUCACGUAUUCUCAUUUUUUACAGCAUACUUCUCAAAACACACAACUUUCAGCCUCAGGCCAUAGAACUCCUCUUUCCUCCAGAGGAACUGUCCUUACCUUUAUUAACAAAUAUGCUUUCACAGAAUUGUUCAGUUUGUUUGACUUUUUUGUUGCAGUUAUUUUUCUGUUUUGUUUGGAAAAUUAAGAAAUUAUUGUCUUUUUUUGCUGUUUAGGUUAAUUUAUAGUCAUUUGGGGUAAAAUGCAUUUUUAAUUUUGAAUAUACUAUGAAAUUGUUUUGGCAGUGGUUUUCCUCUACAAAAUCCCAACUAAAAGAAACAAUAAACUCAUAUUGCAGUGUUCUAUUGAGAACCAAUAUGUACACAAGUUGUGAUCUUACAAUGAAAAACGUCAGAAGGAUAAAAAAAAUUAGAGCGAGACAAUUAAAAUUGAAAAUCCA